AUGAGCCUCAACUUAAUAAAAACGAACAUAGAUGCUGCCUUAAAAGCAGCUGCAGAUCCUAGAUUAGCAAAACCAAUGGCAUCUUACAUGAAAAACCACUUUUCGUUUUUAGGAAUUAAAACUCCUCAAAGGCGCCAAGCUACAAAAGACCUCGUUACUGAAACUAAAAAACUUUCAGUUAAAGACCUUCUAGACUUAUUCUCUACCUUGAUUUAAAAUGUUUUAAUUUAUAAAAUAUUCAUAUAUAGGGCUUUCCCUUGAAUAGCCCGAUAACGGGAUGAAGCCAGCCCGUUAUCGGGCUAUUCAAGGGAAAGCCCUAUAUAUCUUAUCAAAAUUCCAAUCCAUUUCUUUUAUACUGAAAUAAUUUAUUUCUACUUAAGUGAAUAAUAAAUUUAUAAAAAAUAAAUUUGGUUUAUUAGAUUAAUUUAAAACGUUUUGUUAAAUUAAGAUUAUUUUAAUAUAGGCCAAGAGCUAGUUAAUUGACUAUGGGAAGUAGACCAAAGAGAAUACCAAUACAUAGCAGUCGAUAUCUUGGCUAAGAAUUAUUUGAAAUUUAGCCUAGCAAACAUCAAGCAGCUAAUAAGACUAGCCCAAGAAAAGUCAUGAUGGGACUCUGUUGAUGGGCUUAGCUCAGUCAUAAACAAAAUUUUACGCAAAUCAUUAGCUAGUGAUAAAAACGCUCAAAAUAUUAUGGACGAAUCUAUUUUACAUGAAAAUAUGUGGGUAAGAAGAAUUGCUUUACUUCAUCAGCUUGGCUGAAAAGACGAUACUGAUGAACAAAGACUCUUUGAUUAUGCCAAAUCCCAAGCCAGUGAUGAAAAUUUCUUUAUUCGGAAAGCAAUAGGUUGGGCAUUAAGAGACUAUGCAAGGCACAAUCCUGAGAGAGUCUAUAGCUUUCUUGAUGAAAAUGAGUCAAUCUGGUCAAAUUUAACUUAUAGAGAAGCCACUAAACAUAGAUAA